AUGACAGCGAAGAGACGAGCGCCCGACGACUCUGUGGAGGAUCUGACAGAACGACCUGAGCCCGAAACGUCCAAGAAAGUACGAUUCCAGCUUCCUCAGAAUGAGGAAAGCCUUCCUGAGAAAGACGUUCCAGCUACAAAUACAGACAACGAGCUGAUGGCAAGAAGGCGUUUAAUGCGUGUGAACGAGCUGGUUCACGAUAUUCUGGCUGCUAUGUACUACGACAUCCAUCUGCUCUGCUGGCUCCGCAAUCACCUCAUGCAGAACCGUAUCAAACGCUAUCCGGACCUACAUUUCUACAAAAACCAGCAUCAAGAAGCAACCUGGCUAUUAGACAGAGCUAUUCGCCAGGAAAUGCUUGCGAAGGUAGGCCUUCACGAUUGGACUUACACAUCGAAGCAGGAAGCAGACCGUGUUGGCCAAUUCAUUCGAAGAUUUAAUUGGAGGUUGUUGGCCAUUUGUGCACUCUCAGAAGCCUUCCGGUUGGCAUUUCAUAACGAAAAUCAACAGGUCUGGGCAGCUUUGAUGCUCAAGAUCAGAGAAAACUGGACCAGCAUUGACGUGUUUGCGCAGUCGCGAGGCUUGGACUGGCAAGGCCAGCUAUUGAAACAUGCGGACAAACAGAUACCGGGGCUCCAGUACGCCCUGAUCCCAAGGAUCGAUGUAGCUUAUGACCACUUUCAUCAUAUGGUUAUUGCAAAUGGCUCUAUUCGAAAGCCUGUGUACGAAGGGCACAACCAGAUCAACAUCAGCCACGGGAAUAAAUUCAAUCCCAGCUACUUCAAAGACAAGAAAGACCCCACAAUUCGCAUUCAUGAUCGCGACGGACCUUGCGACCUUUGUUAUGCAGAGCGCGGAUGCAACUGCAAAAUACCUCGCCCCACUCUUGCAAUGUGUUUUGUUGAACUUGUUGACUACCCUCAAAGGGGGAUUGGGGUAAGGGCUCUGGCCAGAUUCAAGAAGGGAGACAUACUCGACGAGUAUGUCGGAGAGCUUCGGCCUUUAGACUACACGGAUGACCGUGUAUACGGUCUUCUGCACGAAUCCAAGAUGACUGAAGGUCAUCCCCUCGCUCUGAUAUCGGCGAAACAGCAUGGGAAUUGGACUCGGUACCUCAAUCACUCUUGCAAACCGUCGACGACGUUUCUCAAGAUGACUGUCGGCAAGAGAACCAUUAUGGCUGUCCAGGCAGUUAGGGAUAUCGACAUUUUCGAGGAGAUUACUGUUGAUUAUGGCACAGGCUACUGGAAGAAUAGAAAGUGUCUUUGUGGGGAACCUGGUUGUUGCUCGCAGGCGGCCACCGAAGAGGAGACUGACGCUUGA